AUGUACGACCCGAACGUUGUUCAUUAUGCAUUGGAAUCCCGUGAAUUCAACGAGGCAAGUUUUGGUGACAACAAUGAAUACAAGUCAGAAAAACGCAUCAACGCACAGUUGGUCACUGCAACGCCGGCCGGACCAUGUGAGACGUCGCUACUAGAUCGCCAGUGCAAGUGGCGCCAGAAACCGGUUCCAGACUCAGACGACAAAACUGAAAGUCAGUUCCGGGAUGACGAUGAGAAAGCCAACUAA